AGAGAGACAGAGAGAGAGAGAACGAGUGAGAGAGAGAGAGAGGGAUAGAGCGGAACGGUAAGGAAGCGCGGAGGUAGAAGCCACCCUUGGCCAAGAGAGGCACCAGGCUGGCAGCCCCUUUCGCAAGGCACCCCCUAAGCCUGGUUAGGGGCGACGGCGGCGAGCCGCGGAGGCCACAACACGACCGCCGUCCUCAGUGGUCGGCGCGCUUGGCCUGGGUGGGGCUCCGGAAAAAUUGGCGGGGAGAAAAAUCCCCUCUAAAUAGCUGCGGCUGCGGCCGCGAAAAACUAGAAUCCGCUCAGCCGGCAUCGAGUGCGCGUCGGUUCAGCGUCCAAACUUUUCCCGUAGUGUCGUCGUCGUCAUCGUCGUCGUUCGUCGUUCGCCGUUCGUCGUCGUCGAUUUUUCGCAUCCCCCGCGAUCGGCCAGUGAAACGUUCUUCCCGAUUUCCUUCGGAAAGGUGGAUUUCAUUUCGCAUAGACAGAUUUUUUAUUUAUUAUUGGGCGCGAACCAAUAAUAAAAAGAGAAGGGACGACGAAUAAUUGUUCGUUUCCCCCGUGGUUGGGUAAAACUCAUGGAGGAUUGAGGUGUAUUUGUAGUGCGUAGUUCGGGGAUAGUGAAUCGAACGAUUGGACGCGGUGUAUGUAUAUAUAUAUAUAUAUGUACAUAUACACAUAUAUAUAUACACAUAUUUGGUGUUGAUAUCGAGGAUUAAUAACAUCGUCAAUUCCUCCCCUCCCCAUCCCUCCCGUUUUUGGACGGUUGUUGCGCCACGACGAGUGUGAAUAUCGUGAAGUUCGAAAAUGCAUUUACCGGAGGGCCCACUUGGAAUGGACAUCAAUGCUAUGCACGAGACUCUACAGGCGUGUCACGGUGAUUUAGUUAGAACUGGAAGUCCCGCUAUCCUGUGUAGCGCCUUACCAUCCCAUUGGAGGUCGAACAAGUCGCUGCCGGUAGCGUUCAAGGUCGUUGCCCUGGACGACGUCAGCGACGGGACUCUGGUCACCAUUAGAGCUGGAAACGACGAGAAUUGUUGCGGGGAGUUGAGGAAUUGUACAGCCGUGAUGAAGAACCAAGUGGCCAAGUUCAACGAUCUCAGAUUCGUCGGGCGGAGCGGGAGAGGGAAAUCCUUCUCACUGACCAUCCAAAUCAGCACGGUACCCUUCCAAGUCGCCACCUACACGAAGGCGAUCAAAGUCACCGUGGACGGGCCGAGAGAGCCACGAUCCAAAUCGAAUUAUCAAUACGGACAUGGAUUCCCUGGACUCGGAUUGCUCAAUCCUUGGGUGGACGUGGCGUAUCUGGGACACGCAUGGCACUUGCCCCAUCCUGCCUUCGUCAAAGGUUAGCACGAAAUUUUCCUC